CGUUUGAAGCAGAGGCAAAGUCUAUUAUAUACAAACCUAAACCGGAAAUAACCGAACCGGUGAAGAAACAUUUCAAAUUUAAAACCACUCUCCCACACCGCACCAGACCCACACCACUUCCUCUGAACUAAAAAGAUGGCGUCCAUGAAACACGUCCAUCUCUUUCGUCGUUACCUCUCAAUCGCCCUCACUCUCUUUCAAAGCCUAAUCUCGUGUCUCCUCAAUUUCCCGAUACUAAUCAAGAUCGCCGAUUCGUUUCUAUCUCUGUAUUUCAUGGUUUUCUGCGAUCUCCGACCCGUAACGGUCGAUCUAGACGACGGAGAAACCACCGUCCAUUUCUGGAUCUCCGGCCACCGGAGAAUCUCGCGUCCGAAUCUCGUCAUGCUACACGGAUACGGAGGAAACUCCAAAUGGCAGUUCGUUCACCAAGUCUCCGAUCUCUCCAAGUCCUUUAACCUGUUCAUCCCCGAUUUGGUCUUCUUCGGGAAAUCUCACACGAAGAAUGCGGAUCGGAGCGUUGAGAUUCAGGCGAGGAGCAUCGUCGGAGGGUUGAGAAAACUAGGCUGCUGCAACGGAAGAGGAGGAGGGGGAAGGAUCUCGGUGUACUCGAUCAGCUACGGUGGAUUCGUGGCGUAUAAAAUGGCGGAGUUGUGGCCGGAGAUGAUGGAGAAGCUGGUGAUCGUGAGCAGCGGAGUGGGGUUUACUCAGCAGCAGAAGACUGCAGAGAUGAGGAAACACGGUGGUGACUGUUCCAAGAUGCUUGUUCCGAAAACUCCGAUGGAUCUAAGGAUGUUGGUUAAGAUCUCAACGAACACCGGUUUAACGUUUGUUGAUUGGGUACCAGGUUUUAUCCUCUCCCAAUUCAUAGCUGUAAUGUAUGAGAAAAAUAGGCAGGAGCUUCUUGAGCUAGCUAAGAACUUGUUGGAAAGAGAAGAAGCAGAGUUGCCUGUAAUAUCACAGAAAACGUUAAUCGUUUGGGGAGACAAGGACAAGGUAUUUCCAUUGGAGCAUGGUUAUCGGCUGCAAAGGCAUCUGCAAAAUUCAAGACUAGAGAUUAUCAAGGAAAUUGGACAUGCUGUUAACGUUGAAGCACCAACUACUCUUAAUAAUUUGAUUACAUCGUUUGUCUUAAACGUUUGAUUUUUAAUUUUGUAAUACACUUCUAACUCUACCAACUAUCUAUAUGUCAGCUGGUUUAUAUA